AUGUUCAGAUCAAGCACGGGUAGCAGGCGUUGUAAAUAUGAAGACUUUGACCUCGUGUCUUUUUAUUGUGAUCAGCUUUUCGCAAGACCGAUGUACAAUCCCAUGGGCCGUCUGAAGCGGAUUUGUCCAUAUUACAACUACGAGAAGAUAGAUGAGGGAUAUGGUUUCUGCAACUGGAAAGUCCUAAAGGAAGUCUAUGAGAAGGACAGGGACUGGAACCGCGAUAGAUACAUGCUAACACUGUUCAGGAUGGCGAGGGACAUGAGAUUGUGUUCCUCAAGCGGCGCCGAUGUCGUCCAAUUACGUGACCCUUGCGCUGCCUUUGAGCAUAUAUGCAAUCUUGGAAGAACUGUUGACCUUUGCGAACGAAUACGUCAAGCCAUGCCUCCAUCUGGUCCGUCAAACACACCUAGACCAAACACACCUCCAGGCCCACCGGGCGGUGGAGUAUAAACGCGUCAGGACUCGACUCAACAACCAAACCUAUUCGGCUGAAUGGUCAAGUCCACCCAAGGAAUAUCACUGCUUUCAUAAGAGUCAAACAAGCAUAUCAGCGAGAAAGUAAUCGUAUAAAU